UAUAGAUGUAGAGAUUCUCCUUCUUGUCAAUAACCUUACUUCCCAAUUUCCAAAUACCAAUCCUCCAUACAAAUCGACCAUACCUUUCUCUCACUCCUCUCCUCCAUUUACACACAACUUCUUUUUACUCAAAGAUUGCACUCAUCAACAUUGCCAGAGCUUCUUCAGGUAUGUGUCCAUGAAGGACAAGAAGACUACUUCGAUAUUGCAGCGCAUUUUAGUCAAGUGUAGCACACAGGCAAGGAAUUAUGGUAGCUGUGUUGCAGCAAAGGUCCCAGAAGUUGAACAUGAUAUGUGUUCGAAAGAAUUUUGUGCUCUGAAGAACUGCAUGCAAAACGUGCUUAAAGGCAAGGCAUAGUGUUGCCUUUUUGGGUGAUUGCACAUCUGGAAUUGCACUUUGAUCUUGAUAGUUGACUGAAGAUCCCAGUUGAAGAAUGCACAAAGAUUGUUGUGUAUUCUAACAAAUAUACUUAGAAAGCUGAAUAUUUUUCGGAAACAAGGGAGGAUAUAUAAAUAUGCACAACGAAGCAUCUAGUUCACAGGCCAGCAUUGGCUUAAGUGGGUCAGGUGCUGUAUCACAUGCUUAUGUUCAAUAUCCACCUAUGAGAUGCAACAUCCCUGGUUCGAAGGGCCUAUUCUAUGAUGAUGCAAAUAAGCUGUUGUUGUCCCCAACUUCUGAUGAGGUAUUCUCAUGGAAAAUUGCACCUUUUGACCCGAAUGUUGAACCCGCAUCUGAUUCAGUAAGUGAAGGGCCCGUAUUAUCUGUUCGGUUGUCUCUAGACGGCAAAAUUUUAGCAAUUCAGCGGUCAAGUCAUGAGAUUCAAUUUUGGAACAAGGAGAAAAGGAACUCGUUCUGCCACAAGUGUAAGCCCGAGUCAGAGAAGAUACUGGGGUUUUUCUGGAUAGAUUCCCCAACUUGUAAUUUGGUACUUGUGAGAAGCAGUGGAUUGGACUUGUUAAAUUAUGAUUCUGAGACACAAAAUGUUCAACUGACCGAAUCCAAGCGUAUAAAUGUUAGCUGGUACAUUUACACGCAUGAAAGUCGUCUGGUUCUCCUUGCUUCAGGGAUGCAGUGCAAGAGUUUUACUGGGUUCCAGUUUUCUUCUGCUGGGAUCAUUCGCUUGCCCAAGUUUGAAAUGCUUAUGGCCAAGUCUGAGGCCAACAGUAAGCCAGUCCUAGCUGCUCAGGAUAUUCAUCUAAUCACGGUUUAUGGAAGAAUAUAUUGCUUGCAAGUUGACAGAGUGGCCAUGCUGCUCCAUUGCUAUAGAUUUUAUCGUGAUGCUGUUGUACCACAGGGAUCUUUAUCCAUAUAUUCCAGCAAGGUUUCUGUGAGUGUGGUUGAUAAUGUAUUGCUAGUUCAUCAAGUGGAUGCAAAGGUUGUCAUACUAUAUGACCUAUUUGCAGAGUCUAGGGCACCGGUAUCUGCUCCUCUUCCUCUCCUUCUGAGGGGUUAUCCAAGAUCAAGCAUGUCUUCUACAAUUUCUAGCAAAGAUGACGGAAGUUCAGAUUUGAAACCGGCAAAUGAUGAUGGAUCGACCAUUUACAGAGAAGGAUGGAUGUUUCUGAAUCCAGAUCUUAUAUGUGAUACCACUAAUGGACUUCUUUGGAAGAUCCAUAUAGACUUGGAUGCUAUAUCUGCUAGUAGCUCAGAUGUGCGCUCGGUGCUUGAAUUUCUGCAACGACGGAAGUUAGAAGCAGCUAAGGCUAAGCAAUUAUGUCUGGCUUUAGUCAAAACUAUUAUAUUGGAGCAUAGGGCAGUGGGUGUUGUUGCACAAGCAAUGGAUGUUCUUAUGUCUUCUUACUCUCGUGCAAUUAAGACGGGUAGUUACUUCAAGGGGACAAGAUCUGAUAAGAUUCUUUCUUCUGAUGCACAAUCUACCCAUAAUCCAAGAGUUGCCACUGAUGAACUCUCCAGAGAAGAUUCAAGGACAGCACCUGUGAAAAUUGACUCCUCUGUGGUUUCCAACGAAUAUGUGAAUAGAUCUUCAACCUAUUCAGAUACAGAUUCAGAGGAGGGAAAGAUUGGUCCAAGUUCAGCUAGCAGUAAACUGGUUACUGGCGCUGAAAGUUAUAAUGCAAAGGUUCCGUCAUCAUCCAUACAGUCUCAACUGCCUGGUCCCAGUAGUGUUCCAUUGGAUGCUGAUAAUGCAGAGCAGCAUGAACCUCAGAUCCCCACUGCAGCCAUAUCACCUGAUGAACUAUACCGCUUUGUGUUUUCUCCCGUAGAUGAAGAGAUGACUGGGGAUCCUGCAUAUUUGGUUGCUAUCAUUGUUGAGUUUCUCCGCAGUGCUACAGUGGAAAGAAUCAGAAUGUAUCCUAGUUUAUAUGUUCUGAUGAUUCAAUUGCUGGCACGUGGUGAACGAUAUGGAGAACUGGGCCUGUUCGUCAUUGAUAAGAUUAUUGAACCUUCAAAAGAAGUUGCAUAUCAACUACUAGAAUCUGGUCGACAGCAUCUUCCAACAAGGAAGCUGGGCAUUGACAUGCUUAGGCAGCUAUUUUUGCAUCACGAUUAUGUACUCUCGCUACUGCAGGAUGGGUACUAUCUUGAAGCUUUACGUUAUGCACGUAAAUUUAAGGUUGUCACCGUCCGUCCGUCUUUGUUUCUUGAAGCAGCUUUUGCCUCAAAUGAUCCACAGCAUCUAGCAUCGGUAUUAAGAUUUUUUUCAGACUUCAUGCCUGCCUUUAAAAACACACCGGAUCAUGCCACGUAUCGUGAGAUUCUCAGUCAGAUGAAUGCUCCUUACAUAUCUGCUUAGCUUCUAAAGUUGGUUGUACUUUAUCGAUGCUACUUAGCUUCUAAAGUUGGUUGUACUUUAUCGAUGCUGCUUAGCUUUUAAUAAUACCAAGCACCAGGCAUUUGAUCUUCAAACUUAAAUGUGUUAAAUUAGAUGCAGUGCUGCCUUUUGUUUUACUUGUCAAUGGAAGUGUCAGGGGGUCCUCUCAAAACAAAAUGGAGGUGACAGGAUAUGUUUAUCUGGGGCGGAUGCCUCCUAAAGAGUAACGGAGGUGUGCGAAGGUAGGCUCAAGCGUCUAUUCUGCUCGUGGUUAGUAUUUUCAUAUCAGCAAAGAGCAAUGCAAUGACUUGUCCCGUGAUUCCUUUAAUCAAAGUUUGUGUUCAGAGAAUCCGAUUUGGUAAAAAUAAAAUUAGUUUAGGUGUGUAGUCAAAGACGUUUUUCACGAGGAUUUCUUAAUCUUAAUAACCAUGGGAGUCCAAUUAUACCUCUUUUAGUAUCAAUCUGUAGCAGAAAUGAUUAAAGCCCUUGUGAGGGUCCAAACUAGCUGUUGUUAACAUCUGUUUCACAAACAUACUAUAAUUUUUUGUU